AUGUUGGAACCAUUCGAAGUUAAAUCAUUUGUCAUAGGAGAAAAGGAUGCUGUGAAUCAAGGCAUUAAAUAUCUCUCUCUACCAGUUCGUGACUUUGUGGGAGUUCCUACAUUUGAGCAGAUUGAUGCUGGAAUUACAUUUAUCAACUCUUGUGUACAAUCAAACGGAUGCGUGUAUAUUCAUUGUAAAGCCGGUCGUACACGUUCAGCAUUCUUAUUAACUUGUUAUUUCAUGUAUACAGAAUCUUUAAGUGUUGAUGAAGCGAUUGGUCGUGUCAAAUCCUUUAGAAAACACAUAGUUUUCAGGUCAAUGCAUAAAAUAGGUUUAGAAAAUUACUUCAAAUUUUAA